AUGAAAGACUAUAUGAGCUACGGAAAGAGCUUUUUGAGAAGGAAAUUCAAGGUGGGAAAAACGCAAAUUAAUGGCUCAGUUCAGUUUUUGGGUUUAAGGAAGACUUAUAAUAGUCCAACUAUGGAUGAGGAGAGAACAAAAGUGCACACGUUCCAUUCAAAAGAUGGAAAGACAAAGGCAACCCUUUUCGGAGGAAAGGCAGAUCCUAUGGCCAUAACAAAUGAAGUAUCAAAUGAAAACCAUCAACAUUUUACAGAUUUAAUUUACGGACCAACCAAAAUGCAGGACCCUAGGCAGAGUUAUGGGGGGAGUUGUGCUUUCUUCCAGACGCGUGAUAACCCCGAGAAGGAAAUGGCAGCCGCAGUUGAAGGGAAUGAAGCCAAUUUUGAUGUCAGCGGGCGAGUAAAGGACAAACCUUACGUAUGUCCGUUUCAGGAUGGAGUUGAUAUUGUGAACUUCAACGAACCUUGUUUUAGUAUGCCAUCAUUUUCUAUUGGCCUAACCCAAAUGGCGGCCGCAGAAUCUGAAUCAUGCCUUGGAACAACAAGAGAAGAGGCAACAAUCCCUACAGAUAUUGARGCCCCAUCAUUCAAGAUUGGUCUUACUCAACUUGAAACAGAAUCAUUGUCUGAUGGAAAUGCAAAUGUUAGUUGA